UAGAGCAAAAAGUGAGUGUUUAGAGAAAGAAAGAGAAAGGGUGUUGUCAAAUUUCAGUAGUUAAUUGAGAGAGAGAGAGAGCGAGAGGGAUGGCAUAUGCCUACCAUUAACACUUGUGUCACAAUCCACACACCCAUUGUUAAUAAGGGUUCUGUUCUUGGUGGCAAUGGUGUUAAAAGUGAGUUUUCUAGAGAGUGAAAGAUAGAAGAAAAGGACCCAUUCUUUUGUUUUUUUUGUUUUGGUUCCAGAUGCUCUUUCAAUGGGGAAAAAUGAAGACCCAAAUCUACAACAAAGGGAACAACAAAGUAUUGAAUCAAGGAACAAUGAAGGGUAUCAUCAAGGGUUCUUCUUUUAUGGGAGAUUUUGGAUGGUUUUUUCAAGCUUUACGAAUGAGUUCAAUUUCAGAUGUGUUUUCAUUUUGUUCCUCAGUUUAUCAGUGUUAUUGCCUGGGAUCUUUUGGAUCUUCCCUUUUCGUUCUAUAAAAUCUGGGUUUGAUGCUAAACAAGCUAUUAAGCUCAGUGCUCCGGUUCAUGCAUACUUUACGCUAAAGAAACCAGUGUCCGAGCUUGUUCAGCACAUUCAAAAGUUGGAGUAUGAUAUAUAUGAAGAAAUAGGUGUUCCGGAUACUAAGGUGGCUAUCUUAUCCAUGCACCAGUCCAGUGUGCCUAACUCGACGUAUGUAGUGUUUGGUGUUCUUCCCGAUCCCGUAAAUAGACUGAUAAACCAAAUAUCCCUAAGCGUGCUGAGAGAGUCUUUAAUCGAGCUGUUCCUCCGACACUCCAAUCUGACUUUGACAACCUCCAUUUUUGGACAGCCUUCUAAGUUUGAGAUUUUAAAGUUUCCCGGGGGGAUCACUAUAACCCCCUUACAAUCCGCUUCGAUCUUUCAAAAAACCCAGAUUCUAUUCAAUUUUACUUUGUAUAAUUCGAUAUCUGAAAUAGAUGACAAAUUCAUGGAGUUAAUGGAUCAGCUACAAUAUGGAUUGCAUUUGAGGUCUUAUGAGAAUUUGUUUGUGCAAAUAACAAACAUAAAUGGAUCCACGAUGUCCUCUCCGGUCAUAGUUCAAGCUUCUAUUAUGUCGAAUGGUUUCAGUAGCCUUUUGCCUCAGAGAUUAAAGCAGUUGGCUCAAACCAUCACCGGCUCUCCUGCGAAGAAUCUUGGUCUUAAUAAUUCGGUUUUCGGUAGAGUUAAAAGCAUUAGCUUAUCGUCUUAUCUGAAUGGUACACUUCAUCCUACUCCUCCUCCCACUCCUUCACCAGCUCCAUCUCCAGGGCUGUUGAUAGCCCCCAGUCCUAUAUCUUCACCGGCUCACUCUCCAGCACCAUCACCCAAGGAACAUCAUCUUCCGCCUUGUCCCAACUGCAAAUCUCCUGCUCCUUCCAGUCAUAGCCCUUUGCGUUCACCAGGUCCGGGGAGUGGUUCCUACCCUACUUUUCCUCCUUUGGUUUCUCCUGCACCGUCUAGUGCAGCAACCCAACCCCCUCCUCCUUGUUAUUUACCAAGACCUCACCCUAGCCAAACUUCUAACCACCAACCUGUAAUGAGUCCUCGAUCAAAGUUGUCCCCAAAUCUACCACCUUUACCUUCACUGUCUUACGGCUCUCGUCCAGACCAGGGUAUGAACGGUAUGAAAGGUCCAGUUUCUGCACCACCUGCGCAAUCUCCAUCAUCUAUAGCAACAAGUGUUCUGCCCAAGCAACUCUGGUUAUUGGCAUUCUUAGGAUUCUUGACCUUUCAUCUCCAUUUAUGAUUGAAUCGAAUUCGUUUCAUGUCACGCCAUCCAACAUCCCGAGACAUCAAAAAGACCAUUAUAGGUGAUACUCGUAUCCGGACUUUGAUAAGGCAAAAACACGGUAGAAGCCCCUGCAAAAAAGUUCCAAACAUUUUCCAUCUCCUUCAGGCAAGCAACGUUCAUUGCGCGAAUGAGAUGGAAGAUCAACUUCCCCAGGGGGCAAAGCCGGAAAUUUCACAGGCCGGACAUCUUACGACAUAAAAACAUAAGAUGUUUUUUCUUCCCAAAGGGUUAAAUAACCCUAAAGAGAUGGUGUGUGUGACUACUUAAAAAGAAGCAGUCAUAAAAAAAAACAUGCCAGGUUUGAGCAAGGAACCAUCUCUUUGUAUUUAAUUCAAAGUGUAAAGAAAAAUGCUGGUUCUAUUUUUGGAACAAAAGUUAUUAUGUCAUGUUGUGAACUGUAAAAACUAUUGUUUUAUAAUAUACUCAAGGAAUGAUAAAUAAAUAAAUAAAAACAGUAUAGAUUUACUAA